UAAGUGCCAUUUCUUUGUUUUAGCGCCGAAACCUGAGAAGACCAGGAAACAACUUAACGUCACGGUUGGCACUUGGGAAUAAAUAAAAAAUGAAGGGAAUGGCUCCCUCUCUAGAACAGGCGUUCAGGAGGCGCUGGUGGAUGGCCGUCACAUCUGUGUUGGAGAAUCUGCUGUGUUCGGCUGUGCUGCUGGGAUGGGGCUCUUUGCUCAUCAUGCUCAAAAGAGAGGGCUUUUACUCACACCUAUGCACAGAAAAUAAGACUGAGAGUGUGAAUGCUACUGGUGAAGAAGAUAAAUGGCUGAGCUGUGUGGAACAGGAGGAAAUGUUGAAUUUGGGCUUCACCAUUGGCUCUUUUUUGCUCAGUGCCGCCACAUUGCCGUUGGGUAUUCUCAUGGAUCGGUUCGGCCCCAGGCCGCUUCGCCUUGCUGGAAGUGCUUGUUUUGCACUCUCUUGUGUGAUGAUGUCUGUAUCAGCGUAUCAACCAGAAGUCCUCUCUGCAAUCAUAUUUCUUGCCCUGUCAUUAAAUGGCUUUGGAGGGAUCUGUCUGACCUUCACAUCUCUAACGCUGCCAAACAUGUUUGGAAGUCUGAGCUCCACUGUCAUGUCACUUAUGAUUGGCUCUUAUGCGUCAUCAGCUGUCACCUUCCCGGGAGUCAAGCUGAUAUAUGAUGCAGGGGUAUCAUUUACCCUUAUCAUGUGGAUGUGGGCAGGCCUUGCAGGUCUGGUCUUCCUCAACUGUUUCCUCAACUGGCCAGAAAAAGGAUUUGCAACGCCAGAAGAGAUUGAAAAGAAAAAGAUCCAUGAAGCUGAAAACCACAAACUGACUCCAGCUGAAGAGGCGACAGGAGAAACCAAGAAGCCUGCUCUACCUCAGGAAACACAAACUGCUUCUGUCCCGUUUCGUCGCUCCGUGUUUUCUCCCAUCUUCCUGUGGAGUCUGAUCACUAUGGGAAUGACCCAGCUGAGAAUCAUCUUCUUUAUGGGAGCCAUGAACAAGAUGCUGGAGUUCAUGGUGACUCAUGGCGACCCGCACCCCUCUGAAGAGCUGAAGCUUACGGCUAAGAAGAAUGUGAAUUUCUACUCCUCCAUCUUUGGCACACUGCAGCUCUUGUGUCUCGUCACCUGCCCUCUGAUUGGAUACAUCAUGGACUGGAAGAUGAAAGAGUGUGAAGUGGAUCAGGCAGUGGAGGGAGAGAAAAGAGCUGUUGCUGUACCCAAGCGUGACCGAAAGAUCCAGAAACUGACCAAUGCCAUGAGAGCCUUCAUCUUCACAAAUAUACUGCUCAUUGUGUUUGGAAUCCUCUCCCUCAUAAACAACCUGCCUCUACAGAUUCUGACAUUUAUUUUGCACACUAUGGUUCGUGGAUUCAUUCACUCCUGCUGUGGGGGCAUGUAUGCUGCUGUGUACCCGUCCAAUCAUUUUGGCACUCUGACCGGGCUGCAGUCUAUGAUCAGUGCUGUGGUGGCCCUGCUGCAGCAGCCCCUCUUCAUGAUCAUGGUGGGACCUCUUAAUGGAAAUGCGUACUGGAUCAAUCUGGGACUUCUGAUCUUCUCAUUCACCGGUUUCCUUUUGCCGGGCUACUUGUUCUACCACCGCAGACAACUUCAAAUACAGGCUAAAGGAAAAACCAGCACACACACUCCUGAUGAAAACCAGGCUCUCACCAACGGACACAGCAAUGGCCACGUCCCGCAGGAGGCUUAAUUUAAUAAUGAUGGAUCACAGGACUCCUCGCAUUUCAACAGCAAUGUCAAACGCUACGCAAGAUAUGACAGACCUUGCCAUUUCUGAAACAUCUUCACUAAACACAACUUUUUCCUUUUUUUUUUUUGGUUUUAUAGAAGACAUUUGAGUCAGUAUUGUCUCGUAUGAUGAUCAGCUGCGAGUCGGUAUUGAAAAUCUGCCCAUCAAAACGAUGCAUUUUUAUAGAAACGAAGUCUAUUUAUUGGACCGUGCACGCUGGCUCUGAUUGGCAGACAUGAUGAUCUACCUCAGUCUGUUCAGCUUCUGCUCUCCUUCACCAAAGAGACUCGAUUGAUUGUGUGUACGUCAGUGUCUGUUUUCUGUCUUUUUAGUCUAUACUUGAAAACUUGAAAGACAAUCAACACCAGCAUUUCACGGAAAUUCACCAAAGACACUUGUGAUGGAGCUUUUUAAAGUGUAUCACUUUAUUCUCCUCGCGUAAUUCACUAUGUUAAGCGUUAUCCCAAAGCAGUAAUAUUUCAGGCAGAUUUAUGAGUGACCGGAUUGAACUUUAAAGUGUUCUGUACAUGAUUGAGCUUGACAGGCACUGAAAGGAAAUGUAUUUUUGUAUUUCUGUUAUUGUACCAUUUAUCUAUUGAGCUUGAUGUAGAUGUGCUCUGUAAAUAAUGCUUUGAUAUUUACUUUUUCUGUGCAGUGAUGGUGGAUUGGGCUUUUUGUAAUGGUUUUGGUGAAGUCGAGCGAAACCAAUGACAUGCAGUCUGGAGAUGUCAGUAUGCUUUUUAUUAUGUGUUUGUGUGAAACUAGUGCCUUAUGUUAAUAUUGAAUGUCACCAUUUAAGGGAACUUGGGAAACCAAAGCCAUUUUUGGGUAUGGAUGUACAGUAUGCGAUAAAGCCAUAACUGGACUGUUGUAGGUUUUUGGAGAAUAUGCAAGAGAGCAUCCAUGUACAAAGUGCAAAAAAUGUCACAUUUGAAGAAUCAAAAAAAAAAACACAAUAAAAGAUGCAUACCGUUAUUAUGAAUGGUCUUGA